GCCUCAGUUCUGGAUGGACGGACAGGAAGCGAUGUCAAUUGCUUCUGGCAUGACACGGAAGUCAUUGAAGAUGAUAAGAUGCAUUAUCAGCGGGGAAGACGAAGAUGAAGAUCCGCAAUUGAAAAGUGUUCAACGCGUCUACGAUAUGAUAACCUAAUUUCCAAUGAAAAUCGUUUAAACACAGAGAGAGACUCCACGAAAAAAAAACACCCAAAAAAAGAAGAGAAAAAAAAAACGAAACCAAAACGAAAGUAAAAAGAUUUCUUUAAACGAAGGGGCGUUCGGUUCAUAUGUUUCAACAAUAUUCAAGGGCGUGGCGCCCAAGCAAACUAUAAACAUACCCACAGAGAGAGCAAGAGAGAGAGAUCCACAAACGAGAGGUGAAACAACGAUAUUUCAUAUACGCAUUGGUGUGGUGUGGAGCGGAGCGGAGCAGCAGCUGGAAAAGACUCUUGUGAAAUUCCCGUAAGUUGUGAUCUUUGAUGCGAAUAAACCUGCGCUUGGACUGGAGGGCCCUGGCGCUGCUGGGCGCCCUCCUUUCGUGUAUCAUUGCCUGGCAGGGCUGCUUGGUAUUUGCGAUGCCGAUGGCUCUAACAACGAUAUCGAACCAACAAACAAUCAACACUAACAAUAACAGCCAUUCAAAUAGUACUCGGUUUAGUAAUAGUAAUUAUCUACAAAGUGAUCAUAGUCGUAAUCAAUUAGUGAGUGUAAUAAAUCAAUCAACAAAUCAAAGUAUUAAUGCUGAAUUUAAUCAGAGUUUAACAAAAAUGCAACAAAAAACUGCCAUACAAACAACAACAACAACAACAGAAGAAGAAACAACAACAACAACAACAGUAGAAACCACAUCACAAUCCUAUGAUCAGGAACAGGAUGAUGAUCAGGUGGAGGAGCCUUUGGGAUUUGUCAUCUCUGCGGGGGCUCCCAGCGAACAUCUGGCGGUGCUAUCGCGCACCGAAAGAAGCCUUAGACAUCAGCAGAAAAAGCAUCAUAAUAAUAAUAAUAAUAAUAAUAACAAUUUCAUUGGUUCGAAAUCGAAAAGACUGAAUAACUCUAGAAGUAAUCUAAACAUAAGUAGCAGUAGCAGUAACAGUAACAAUAGCAAUAGUCCCAUCAACAAUCUGGAUCGUAACGAACGCUCCACAGUGCCCCAAUCGCAUCUGGCCUGGACCUCCCGAAAGAUCCAGUUGUACAUCAAGAAUCGCAUCUUGCAACUCCUACGCGACGGCACUGUCAACGGCACCCAAGACGAGCAGAGUGAAUACACGAUUCUCCAGCGCUCCACCGUGGAUGUGGGACGCAUUAAGCUGCAGAGCGUGGCCACAUGCCUGUACCUGUGCAUGGAUGCCUGUGGCGCUGUCUAUGGCUCGGUCUCCGCUCUGUUGCAGAAAGAUUUCACCGACGACUGUGUCUUCAACGAAAACAUGGGCCUGCAGAACUACAACACGUACUCCUCCACCUACAACUCGAAUGCCCGGAGGGUCUACUACCUGGCCCUGAAUCGCCACGGCGAGCCCAGGCGGACCCAGAUACCGGCCAGCCGUUCGCUGGGGAAGCUUACCACCUACACGAACGCCAUCACGGAGACGGUGCCCCAGGAGCGGGUGGAGCAGUUGAUAGCCAAGAAUUUUGGGGCGAAUCGCAUCAAGCACGGCGUGCGGCAACUCUGUGAUACGGGCAAGCCGCUGAUUGAAUUGAUUGAUGCGGCGAAUUUUAAGAAGCCACCAGAGUGUAGCAGUACUGGAAGUGGCAGUGGCACGAGUGCUACCACUACUACCACUACUACCAGCUGUGGGGGCAGCAGUUCUUCGUGUACUUCCCCCACAACCAGUAGUAAUAGUAGCAGUACAGUUCCUGUGCCUGCGGCCAGAGCGUCCGGCAGCCUGAUUAGUAUUAGUAACAGUAGUCAAAGCGAGAGCGGCCAUAUUAGCAGUAGCCUUAGCACUAGCACUAGUAAUAGUACUAGCAGUAGCAGUAGCAGUAGUAGCAGUAGCAGUAGCAGUAGCAGUAGUCCCUUGCAUCCUCCUCCUCCGCCGCAUCCUCUGCAUCCAAAGCAGAAGAAGAAGAAGCUACGCAAAUGCAAGCUCCACGAAAGCGAGGAGCUACACAAUUGCCAGAAGCGACCCGCGGGCGGCGGGGCUGGGGCUCUGAGAAAGCGCGGCCCCAAGGCCCAGCGCUGCAAGGAGCUGCGCGACAAGGCGGCAGCAGAGGGUGGUCCGCCACCUAACUGUGGCAAGAAGAACGGUGCAAAGAAGAAUGCAGCAGGCGGAGCAGUAGAAGCCUCCCCGCCAGCCCUGCCCAAGGCCGUCCAACAGCGGCCACGAGCGGGGAUGGGUGGCAAGAAGAAAGGGCCACCCAAGGGCGGCAAGCAGCGUCCGAUUGGUGGCAAGAAGCAGCUCCAGCAGGCCAGAGGGGCGGCCUUGUGGGGCAGUGGCAAGCAGCGCAAGCAGCGACCCAGCACCACGACGAUGGCCACCAGCCUGGCCACGCCCUCGGACAGCCACUGGGAGAGCAGCUCCCCGCUGCCGUCGAUGGCGCUGAGCGAGACCAGCGAUCGCGUGGAGCGGAAUGUCCGCAUGAGCAGCAUGGAGGAGGAGCAGGACGAGGACGAGGGAUCCCUGGAGGAUGCCAGCUACGAGGACGCCACAUCCGAGGCGCAUGCGCGCAGUGCCGCUGGCGACGAUUCGCUAUACUACGAUUUCGGACCAUUGUCCCCCAGCUAUGAUCGCCACACGGGGACACGAUGAAUAUCAAAAUGUAUUACGACGGAGUCUCGAGUACUUUAUAAGAACCGAACCACCCAAACAAAUUGGAUUAGAAGUACCAUCGAAAUUUAUGAUAAAUUGCACGCCCAUCCGACAACAGAACAGAUGUGUAUUCUAUAUGUAUGUAUAAUCGCAGGCCAUAACACUAGAUCUAAACAAAAGUCUAUUGAAAUACUUGAGUCUCUUGAAGAACGAUGAAAAAAUACUCAAAAAUACGACCACAUGGAAAAAAAUAGAAACCGAUAACUUGCAAAGAGUGCGCUUUAAAUCGUUUGUAAUAGCUGUUAUCGAAACGGAGAAAAUUUCGAAUAUGUUGAGAGAACCUUCUUGUACAUAGAACCACACACCACACGGUUUUAGUCCUUAAGAUACUAUGCAAAACGAUUAAAAACAAAAACUCACAAAUCACAAGAAUUGUAUUUUUAUUUAUAAAAUUUUUGAGCAAACAAAACUAAUAUGUAUGUAAUUAAUAUUUAUUUUCGAAUCGAUCGAUCGGCCAGAGAUAAGCGAGAAAUUAUAGCUAAUAGAUUUUUUGUAUAAUUGAGUUAUUUAUUGUAUUUAUUUGCAAAUACUAUUUAUUUAUAGACUACUAGAUUAAGUUUCCCUAGAACUAACAGAUCUUUGUUAUACUUAAAAAACAAUUUCCAUAUAAGAAGAGCAUG